AUGGUAUGUGGAUCUUUUUAAGAUUUUUUCAGAUUGAAGUAAAUCAUUUUCCAGGUCAAACUACUAACUUUGACGAUCCUCUUCGCGACUUUGACGGCUUUUCAAGCCCUUCGGUUACCGAGGAUUGAACCAAAAUGUGGUAGAAACCAACAUUUUGAUCGCUGCGGCAACCAUUGUGAUGAGAUAUGCGACGUUCGAACAGUGCGUUUAAGACAUUUAUCCCAAAGUACAGGGGGAAAUUCUAUCAAUGAUGUGAUCUUUUGAGGCAGAGCUGCGCGCAGACCGGAUUCGAUACUCGGAAUUUCAAUUUUUGAUGUUUUUUUUUUCUUUGAAUUUUUAAGUUAAAGGCAUAGGGACAGUAAAAAAACGGUGUUCCAGUUCAAAGUAGUACUUUGUAGAGCUUUUCAUAGCGAUUCGACUUGGAAACGUACCGAACUCCCUACAUUUGGAGAAAAAAUAAUUCAAAGUUGGAGAGAGGAAAGCUUGAGUUCGCGCCAAAAGGGCGCUUUGCAGUAAAGUUGCUCUAUGGACAACGCGCUUUGACAUUUUUUCUAGUAGGACAGUCGAUGAACGCGUUAGUAAAAGAGUUUCAAGUUUUGUUUCGAGACUCGAAAGUACUGUCAUAGUUACUUUACAUAGUGCGUAUGCUUUUAGGCUAGUUACUCUGAGGCUCCGCCCCUCACUGGGUUACGGUGGGUAUUUUAGGGGAAAAAAAGAAGAGUUCUGGUCAAUUUUCCGGAAAAUCCCAACAGUAAAACGAAAAGUCUUAUCAUAAAAAGAUGAAUAAUCGAAAAUUUCAGUCUUGUAAAAAAUUUUGCGGUCCACCGGCCUGCGCCUGUCUUCCUGGAUUCGCCAGGUUGUUCAACUCGGCAUCCGCCUCGUGCAUAUCCAAAAGUGACCCUGCCUGCAACAAAUGCCCGGGAGGCUGUAAGCGAGGAACGUCUUGCCGACAAGUUCUGCGGUGCGUUCAAGCGCCUUGUCCCAAUACUCACAAGUGCCUACCUAAUUAG